AUGGAGACAACAGGCACUAACAGAGUCACUGGGUUACAUAAGCUCGAGGAAUUCAGGUUCCAAGCAUUUGAGAGUGCUAGAUUAUACAAAGAAAGGAUGAAACUAAUGCAUGAUAAGCAUAUCUUGGAUCGGAACUUCAAACCCGGAGAUCUAGUGUUGUUAUACAACUCGAGAUUGAGAUUGUUUCCGGGUAAGUUGAUGUCCCGAUGCUCAGGACCCUUCAGAGUGGUGCAAAUGUUCUUAAGUGGAGCUGUAGAGAUUGAAUCAGAAGAUGGGGCAAAUAAGUUCACAGUGAAUGGGCAAAGGUUGAAACAUUACCUUGGAAUGGCCGAAGAAAAAGGGGAUAGAGUGGUAAUAACUUUGGAAGAGCCCCAGUACGCGAAUGAGGAAUGA